AUGGCGGAGAUCCGGUCCAAGAACCUCUACGAGCUUCUUGGCAAUGACCCUGAAUUGGACCCCAACAGAGCCCCUGAGCCUCCCACGAGGGCUGUAGACAGGCCCGCUGCCCGUGUUGGCAAGCGCGACGCCCCCAAGGAAGUCGUCAGCCAGCCCCCCCGUGAGAACAACAACGCCCGCCGCGGUGGCCGUGCUACUGGCAACGAGGCCGCUUUCCGUGACCGCAACGCCGGCCGCUCCAACAACCGUGAGAAGCCCGUUGAGGACGCCAAGGAUGGCCAACGGCGUGGACCCCGCCGUGAGGGUGGUCGCCACGACCGCCAGUCUCGCACCGGCCAGACCGACACCCGCAAGCAGGUGAACCAGGGCUGGGGUAACCAGAGCGGCGAGAAGACCUUGGACGAUGAGAAGGCCGGCGAGAAGAUUGCCCACACCGACGAGGCUGAGCCCCAGACCCCCGCUGAGGAGAAGCCCGAGGAGCCCAAGGGCAAGUCCUACGACGACUACCUUGCCGAGAAGGCCGCCGCUGGUGACCUCAGCGCCAAGCCCAUCCGUUCCGCCAACGAGGGCAGCAAGCUCGACAAGAAGUGGGCUGCCGCCACCGAGCUCAAGCCCCGUGACGAGGGUGCCUACUUCAAGGGCAAGGACGAGAAGUCCAAGCGCGAGAAGCAGCGCAAGGAGAAGAACUUCGUCGAUGUCGACAUGCGCUUCGUCGAGGCUCCCCGCACCGGUGGUGCCCCGGCCCCCGUGGUGGCCGUGGUGGCGCCCGUGGCGGUCCCCGCGGUGGUCGUGGUGGUCCCCGCGGCGGCCGCGGCGACGGUCCCGCUCCCCGUGCCGAGCGCAGCGGCCCCGCCUCUGCCUCCGUCACCGUCGACGAGAAGAACUUCCCCUCCCUCGGUGGUAAAUAAAUGCAUGCAUGCGCCCCGCAUGGCACCAUCCAUCCCUUCCGUUCACGCCUAG